AUGGCUGUGUCUGGGUCUUUAAUUUAUAAGUUGAUAUUAUUGGGUGAUUUUAAUGUUGGUAAAUCUUCUAUAUUUUAUCGUUUCAAAGAAGAUAUUUUCAGAGAAUAUUCAAAUGUAACACUUCAUAUUGAAAAUUGCAGCAAAAAUAUAGAAGUCGAUGGAAAAUAUAUUACGCUGGUUUUAUGGGAUACAGUUGGAACUGAAAGAUUUCGGACCUUAACCAGAAAUUAUUUUCGGAAUUCACAUGUAUGUCUUUUAAUAUAUAGUGUAAGUGAUCCAGAUUCUUUACUUGGUUUGGCACAAUGGCUUCAAGAUGCUAAUAAUUAUGCAGAGUCAGCAUUAAAAGUACUUGUAGGGAACAAAUGUGACUUACCUUCUUCUGUUGAUGAACAAAAAUUAACAGAAUUUGCCCACUAUCAUAACUGUGAUAUUGUCUUUCAAGUUUCAGCAAAAACAGGAGAAGGAAUCCAUGAACUAUUUCAUAUUAUUUCACAAAAGUUAUUAGAAAAAGAAAAUAAAAGGCACAUAAAUCAACGUUUGUUUGAUAACUCUGGAGAUGAUGACAUAUAUAGUUUGAAUGAAAAAGGAGGAGUAUCUGCUUUCACUUGUUGUUCUAAUUAAUAAAUUAAUUAAUUAUAAACUUAAUAAAUACUUUGAAUCUUUAUAAAAUUUUUUCUAAUUAA